UGGAGAAGGAGCGGCUCUUUGAAAGGUGCGUUACUGUUCAUGAACCCAGUUCAUUCAACCGAUAUAUAAUAAAUGGAAGACAAAAAAACUUUUUCACAGUUGGUAAGUUAUACGUUAUCAUUUAUAAAGUCAGGGCAUCGGCGAUGAGCUUCUAAAAGCAUGUCAUAACUUGCAAUGGAAAGAGCCGACCGCAAUUCAGGUUCUGUCUAUCCCACCAGCUUUAGAAGGCAGAAAUUUGGUUGCUCUAGCUGAAACAGGUUCUGGGAAAACUGGUGCUUAUGCCUUGCCUAUAAUUCAGAAACUAUUGCGAGAUCCUCAUCCAUUCUUCGCACUUAUAUUGGCUCCUACUCGUGAAUUAGCAGCUCAGGUUCAGGCUCAGUUUCAUGCACUUGGAAAAACCAUCGGUUUGUCUACAGCUCUAUUGGUGGGUGGUGUCCCUAUUACUCAGCAGUCUGAUUUAAUGAAAGUAUCACCUCCCCAUGUUGUGAUUGCUACACCUGGUCGAUUUGUUGACCACUUAAAGAAGACCAAAGGUUUUGAUGAGUUAAGAUUUUCGAAUUUACGAAUAUUGGUCAUUGAUGAAGCAGACAGAAUGCUUGGCGUUGACUUUGAAUCUGUCAUCGAAAAAAUCUUAUGUAUUGUCCCUGCACGACGUCAAACCUUCUUGUUCUCUGCUACCAUGACUGAUAAGGUUGGGAAGCUCCAAAGAGCUUCGAUUCAUGACCCAGUUCGUGUGACUACACGUAAAAGUAAAUUCCAAAGUUUGACUAACUUACGUCAGUAUGUUCAUUUGGUACCUCAGUGUGAAAUAGACUCAUACUUAGUCUAUUUCCUUCGUGUCGCUCUUUGUCCUGAAAUUCAAGUUCCUGGUUUAGAUCUGAUCAAGCUUCAAUCUACUUCAACGGAAAAUUUAGACUGUGAUAAUCAAUCAUUUAUGUCAACCUCUGUGAUUGUGUUCACCCGAACUCGUGUAGCCAGUAAUCGACUGAAUCUGUUGUUGCGUCAAUUUCUUCGUCAACCUGUCAUAGCACUUAAUGGAGAUAUGCCUCAAGCUCAGCGAUUAGGUGCACUGCACAAAUUUAAACGAACUCAAGGUGCAGUUCUCGUAGCUACAGAUGUGGCAAGCCGUGGUUUGGAUAUUCCACAAGUAGGGUUAGUGGUGAAUUACGAUGUGCCCUUAGAUGCGAAAAUCUACAUGCAUCGAGUUGGACGAACUGCUCGAGCUGGUCGCCUUGGUUGCGCUUUAACAUUACUUACCCAAUACUCUGUUACGUUCUUCUUGAAGGAGAUUGAAUCGCACUUGAUAUCUGCUGGUGGUCUUGGUCAUGAAAGGAUUCCUGCAUUAGUUGAACCAAAUAGUUCAGUAGAUAAACAGUUAGAAAAAGCUAUUGAGGAGUUAAAUAUAGGAGUAAAAGAGGCAUCUCUUAGAGCGAAUCAGGCAGUGGAGUCAAUGAGAAAACGUGUAAAAUCUAAAGGUGUUACCAUAUUUACAGCUGUUGACGAUUUGCCUACACCCAAUAUCAAUGAAAUAGCUACUAAGCCUGGUUUAAAACGAACAUCUUGGGCAUCUGAAGCACCUGCCUCUAAAAAGAAAGAAAUUUCAGAAGUUAUGAAUGCAAUGUCAACUGUUCCUGGAGAGCAAACAAAUGAAAAUGAUUACAUGUCAACUAGCAUUAACAAGCAGAAGAAACGUAGAAAUAUUUCUAACACAAAGGAGAAAAGUCACAUUAAUAGUAAUAAUAGUAAAAAGAAUAAGAGUAGAACUUCUAAACCUGGAAAACCAUUCAGAAAGCAUGGCAAACAUAAAUAAUAUAUAUACAGCAUAAUUCUCAUGUAUGCCUGCUUCGACAAACACACGCUAUCUUCUGUCUUCUCAUUUCUUUCGAAUAGAGAAUAUUAUCAUGUAUAAUUAUUCUUGGUAAAAACAAUAUAUAUAUAUAUAUAUAUAUAUAUAUAUAUAUAUAUAUAUAUAUAUUGUAAAGAAAUUUUAUUGCUAACGUGUAAUUUAUACGUUUUUAGUCUAAAAGUUUAGUGUAAAGCUUGUAAAUCAAACCGAUAGAAAAUGUCUACCAGA